AUGGACAUCUCGUCGGCUCUCCAGGUAUUACGCGAUGCAAAAUUAGAUGCACUUUGGGAGCAUCGUCAGGAGAUAGAGAUAACUUUGUCAAACAUCAGCAGGCGACUGAGAUCAACCAGUCCGUCAACGAACUCUAGUGAUGAACCCGUUUUCAGUCCCCCACAGAUCCUUGACUCGUCGAGUAGUGACGAACUGUUCGAAAGCGAGAGUAAUGUCGACUAUCACGUCAUACGGCACGGACCAGAAAGACGUCACGUCGGGAAUUCCCAACAUGGCACGAUAUCCGAAGGUCACGGUAGCACGGACCCAGAGAAUUCCCAGAGUUCAUCGAGUCCAUCACACACCAGAUAUCGACCCCAAGCAAAAGACUGGCCUUCUACUUUGCUCGCAGCUGCUGCCGACGACCUUCCCUGGCUAUGCACAUUCCUGUCGCAAGACCCCGCUAUGAUCCUAGACGAAAGGACAAGGGAAAGGAAAGACGAGAGAAUCAGAGAUAUCCAACUUGUGGAAGGCAAUGACCAUGCAGGGAGAGUGGAAAAGAUAUUCCGUGGAUUGGCCCAACGGUCGAUGGGUCUCCAAUUCACGCAAAUCCAGCGUAACGCCAACGCAGGAAUGACAAGGGUAGAUGAGCUCUGCGAUAGCAUUUGCGCGACAGACCUAAAAAUGCGAGCACGCAUACACCGGCGGACAAAUUCUAUUAGCAAACACUUACACCAGUUCACUUUCUCUCCGGACGACAGAGAACUCGUCUUGCGCAGCAUAAACCAUGGGGUGAAACAACUUGUUGUCGAGAGAUUGUUCGAGAGGCGGCUUCGAGAAAGCGGCCGGCCAAGUGCAGCAUGUGGAAUAUCUGCAUUCGCGGCUCUGAACAUGCUUUCCUUCAAAAGCCUUCGUUUCGAAGAUAUCCCGCGGUUUAUCGACCUGCUUUUUCUCCAAACUUCAAAGGUCCAGGUUUGCCACAACUCGACGGCGCCAGUUUCCUGGCAGGUGGGAACGUUUCAAGUUGCAGACAUAUUGACUGUGAUAUCGCCAAGGUUCUCGGUUCUUCAGCGUCACUAUAACCGAAGCAGAUCUUCCACGAUACCGCAGGAUUUCGAACCGGCGUCGCAGCCCGAAUACUCUCCCGAAUACCUUGACACUGUAUUGCUGCACCCACCAGUGCAUCAAACCUCUGUUAGUGCGCGUCCGAUCGCACCUUCUAGCAGGCCCUCGAAACGCCGGCGUCUCAAAGUGUCCGCCACAUCCCAGCCAAGCUCUCAUGACCGUGCCAGUGCCAAUACGCAACCCGCGGAACCGGAUUCCAUUCGUCACAGUGGCAACCAACUUCGUGAAACGAAUCCGACGCUCUCCCAUAUCCCAGACGCAUUAAUGUUCUCCCAGAGCACCUUUCCUACACCCGGCUACUAUGAUGUGACACAGGUAGUUAAUUAUGAUCAAGUCGACUGCGGUUUCAACGACAUCAAUCAGCUGCUAGGAGAAGGCGUGUAUUUUAAUGUCAAUCCUUACAGACAAGCAGACCCAGAAGGCUAUGGAUUUUGCGAUGUGACGCAUGCCGUUCAAGAUUAUACACCCCACGACGCUUCCUUUGUUGACAGUAUUAUGGCAUUUUCUUGA